AUGGCAACCCCUGAUGCGAGUUUUGCACCAUUCAGUUCCUUAAACAAGGAUUCCACUGCUGUUGGCAACAACGGCCUCACCCUGUCCAAUUUCGCUCCUACCGCUUUUCAGAACCUUGUGUACGCAGCGUCCAGAGGUGCAGAAACGCUACACUUCUUGGGCAAAACUCUUACAGCCAAUAGCAUUGUGUUACUUUGUAACGGAAUCAGUUUUGCUAUACAGAUCAUCAUUUUUCUCUUGCUUGGUUCCUUUGCAGACUUUGGGACAUGGAGACCAAACAUCCUCAUUAUUCUAUCCAUUGUCGCUUUUGGCAUUGGUUUCGGCUGGUUGGGGGUUCAUAAUGGGGAGGAUUGGAAAAUUGGUCCAGGAUUGUAUAUCGUUGGGUUAAUCGUAUACCAAACGACGAUCACUUUCUGGACAGCUGCAUUUCUUGGCCUGGCAAGGAAUACAGAGGCCGUACGAACGAAAGCCGGGCAGCUGACCGAAGGCACAAUAACCCGGGACGAGUACGAGUUCGUGGACAUGAUGAAGAGGAACGAGAUCUCCAACACGGCCUUCUAUGUCCAAUCCAUUAUUGAGAUCUUCAUUCUCGCAAUUAUUGUUGGCAUUAUGUUCAGUCUCCACAUCAAUGAUAGUGCAGAGAAUAACAACUGGGGUCUCUCGGUUCUCAUCUUCUUCGCUACUGGGGUUUGGGUGAUAUGCGCGAUCCCAGGGUUUGUACUUGAGAAACGAAGACCUGGUCAGGAUCCAGAAAGCAAUAUUGUAUUAGCAG